AUGGCCAAGAACCUGUCAUCCCCAGCCUCGGCCUCGGCCUGGGGGAAGAUCGAGCCUGCGGUCGCCCUGGCCAGCUACUUCAUCAUUUCCAUCCUGAUGACCCUGUUGAACAAGUUGGUCGUCGCGCGCUAUGUUCACGGCUUCCACCUCACGCUCCUGGCGACGCAGAACUUCACCUGCACGGUGCUCCUCCUACUGGCCAAGUUCUUCGGCAUUGUCAACUUCCGCAGCCUGACCAUGACUCAUGUCAAACUCUGGAUGCCCCUGGUCUUGCUUGUGGUGAUUAUGCUUUACACAGGCACCAAGAGCCUCCAGCAUCUGAGCAUCCAUGUCUUCACCAUCUUCAAGAACCUGGCCAUCAUCUUCGUGGCCUACGGCGAGAAGGUCAUUUUCCGCUCGAAGGUCACCCCGAUGAUGUUGGUUAGCUUUGCUCUGAUGGUGUUUUCUGCGAUCGCCGCUGCCGGUACCGACCUGACCUUCGAUCUGGUCGGCUACUCGUGGAUGAUUUCCAAUGGGCUGGCGUCGGCCGUGUACACGCUCUCCCUGCGGUCGAUCAUCACCCGGGUUCGCUUUGCGGACCUGGACUCGGUGUUCUACAACAACAUGCUCUCCUGGCCGGUGAUGGCCACCGGUGGUCUGCUGCUUGAGUUCCCGGCCGUCGUGGAGUUCUUCAAGCGCCCGGACUGGGGCCUUGGCCUCUUCUGGAUCAUCACCAGUGGUGCCAUGUCCUUUUUCAUUGGCUACUGCUCGAUCUGGUGCAUCCGCUGUACCUCCUCGACAACGCACAGCAUGGCUGGCGCUCUGAACAAGCUCCCGCCCCCCCCUCCCCCCCCCCUGAUCUUCGAUCGUGAUGCCGUCACCGUUGGCACCGUACUGUCCAUCAUCCUUGGCUUCAUCUCGGGCCUGGUCUACACGCAGGCUCGUCUGAACAUGAAGAAGGAGGCCGACAACACCAUCUCCACCAAGCCUUCCGGUCUGAUGGCCCCCUCAUCCGGUAACCCGUUGGACAUUUCCAAGUCCAGCAUCGAGGGGUCGCCGGUGCUUCCGCUGGCCAAGGCACUCACCUCGUAG